UUUAGUUUGUUCUUUUUAAAAAGAACCUCUAUGUAUUUGUGAGUAUAACAAUGUGCUUAAUAUACGUUUUUGGAGCACUGGUCAUAACAAGUGGAGUUUUUUGCCAAGGCACGGCAGCUUUACAGCCAGCGGUUCGAGACCUGUUUGUAGCAGUGGGUUCAUCUGUGAAGAUACCAUGCACUGACGGAGAGGAAAAAGGGGUGGAGUGGAGAUUUAACAGCUCAGUGCUUGUCUCAAGCCCAGUUAUCUCCAUACAGAACGCCAGUUUGAAGGACCAAGGCAUCUACACCUGCCAAAAGCAGACUGGAGAUGUGGUGCAAUCUGUAUCUCUACAUCUGGGAUAUCCCCCAUCUCCCCCGCAUGUGCAUUGUUGGUCUCCAAGUUACCCUAAGAGGGCAAUCUGUUCUUGGACACUGACUUCAGACCCAAUACUUCCAACCCAGUAUAUUGCUACAUACAGGAACUUUUCAGACCCAGUUUCAAGUGCUCGUCAAUGCCAGAAAUGGGGAGACCAAGACAGGCAAUGUGCAUUAGAGGAACUGGAGAUAUUUGCGAGAGAACCAACUCUUAUCAACAUCACAGCGGUUAAUGCUCUCGGUAGCGCAACACAAAUCCAACCAUUUAUUUUUGAGCAAAUAGUGAAACCUGAUCCUCCGGAGAAUGUCAGCGGGAUAAUAAUGCCAGGCAGGAAGGUGUCUGUGCAGUGGAGUCCACCGCACACAUGGCCAGAUCCUGUCAACUUUCUCCUUAAAUACAAAGUCAGAUUCCACUGGGGCAAACCGGAAACUGCUAGAACUCUGGGCCCUUACGAGUCUAAUAAAAUGGUUCUGAGUGGACUGGUGGCAGGAAGGACGUAUUACAUCCAAAUAUCAGCAAAGGACAUUCUUGAUGAUGGACAGAGCAGUGAAUGGAGUGCACCAAUACACAUCACUAUACCUACUAUACUAUACCUAAAGUGAUGGAUCUCGGCUUCAACCAUUCUGUCAAUAAACUCAA